AUGUCGUCCAUUGUGUUUUCACUAUCACUUGUCUUAUUUGUAAUUUCUACAUGUAAUGCAGACAGACCAACUGUCGAGAUCUCUACCGGUACAUUAAUCGGUACCGUGGAAGAAUUCAGCAGUGAAUUUGUGGACGGUGCACGGACUGUACAUGCAUAUAGGGGUAUACCGUAUGCUGAUCCACCGGUCGGUGACUUGAGGUUUGCACCACCUAAACCCAAGACACCGUGGCAAGGGGAGUACAAUGCUUCCGACUUCCGCACUGCGUGCAUACAACCAGAAAACCCGAUGAUACCAGUCGACAAAAUACAAGACGAAGACUGCCUGCACUUGAGUGUAUAUGUGCCACAGCCACAGAACGGUAAAAAGUCUGUCAUGGUAUGGUUACACGGUGGUGAUCUAACUUAUGGAUCUGGAACAAUGUUGCAUGAUGGGACUGUAUUAUCCGCGUUGAAUGACGUCAUUAUUGUCACCAUCAAUUACCGACUUGGGGUGUUUGGAUUUUUCAGCACAGGUGAUGACGUAGCUUCCGGUAACUACGGUUUUCUUGACCAAGUAGAAGCACUUCGCUGGGUUCAACAGAAUAUAGCAGAUUUGAGUGCAACAUUUGACACUGUUGAUAGUCAGAUUUUAUUAGAACGACUUGAACUGUGUUUCGGUAUUUCGGGGAGGGCCUUGGCUUGGUUUAGAUCAUAUUUAACGAGAAGGUACCAGUGUGUUUCGAUCAAGGGUCUAACAUCCCCAAUGAAUAUGUUAAAAUAUGGUGUUCUUCAGGGGUCGGUGCUCGGGCCGCUUUUGUUUAGCAUGUAUACUUUCCCACUUGGCAGUAUUAUAGAACAUCAUGGACUAUCAUAUCACCUCUAUGCUGAUGAUACCCAGUUAUACAUAUCAUUUCAACCGAACUCAGUAUAUGAUCGUGACAUAGCUAUGACUAAUCUUAAGAAUUGUGCCAGUGAACUGAAAGAUUGA